CUUUUCAAUAUGAACAGUUAUAGCAGAACAAUUGGGUUUACAAAAGUUUACAACAAAAUUAAAUGGCAAUGGAUAUUAAGAGUAAAUUUGCUGCAAUCAGAAUCCGGCAUAUUCAAGUAUUGUUUAUGUUCUUGUUGUUGACUAUUGGAGUAGGUAUGAGAGUACAAUUCUCGGUAGCCCUUGUAGCGAUGACUGAUGAAACGGCUUCAAAGAAUCCAAACAUUCCAGUUUAUGACUGGGAUAAUAAAAGUAUUUUAUUAUCGUCCUUCUUCUGGGGCUAUUCAGCUCUUCAGAUUAUAGCGGCUAUGCUGUCGAGAAUAUACGGAUCGAAAUCGUUUUUGAUCGGUGCCAUGGCAAUAAAUUCUAUGGCUUGCUGCUUGAUUCCACUGGCUGCUGAAUACCUGGGAGCAAACGGUGUUAUGAUAAGCAGAGCAGUGAUGGGGCUUUCGCAAGGAUUUUUUUACCCAUCAGUAUACAAUAUUUUAGCUCAUUGGAUACCUCCAUCGGAAAGGGCUCAAAUGGGAUCGUCUGCGCUUGCUGGCGGCUCAUUUGGCAUUAUCACUGGGAUGCCAAUUACUGGGUUCAUAUCAGCUUCUUGGGCAGGAUGGUCGUAUUCGUUCUACUUUUAUGGUACCUUAGGAUUUCUGUGGAUAAUUGGAUACUACUAUUUAGGAGCCAGUACACCAGCUACUCAUCCGAACAUCUCAAAAAUGGAGCAGGCUUUCAUAGAAAAUCAAAUGGAUAUGAAUGGAGCUGAACUGAAAGUACCUUGGAAAGCAAUUGUAACCAGCCCUGCUUUUUGGGCGAUAUUCGUUGCUUAUAUUGGACAAACUUGGGGUUUUCAAACCAUCCUUUCGGAGUUGCCCAUUUACAUGAAUAAAGUUAUGAAGUUCAAUAUGGAGACUAAUGGACUUUUGUCAGCUGCACCGUAUCUUACAAUGUGUUUGAUAAUAUUUUUAUCAGGAUACCUUGCUGAUUUUCUUAUAAAUAAAAACUAUUUGAUGGUAGAACAGGCAAGACGUAUUUUUUCUUUCUUCGCUAGUUUUGUACCAGCAACGGCUUUGGUAGUAUUAAGUUUUCUGCCUGAAGAUUAUAUAACACUAUGUGUGGUCAUGAUAAUUAUAGCUAUAGGACUACAAGGUGCAUCCUCAGCUGGAUUCGAGAUUAACCACAUUGAUUUAUCACCAAAUUUCGCUGGAGUCUUGAUGGCGAUUUGCAACAGCUGUGGGGAGGUUUUUUCUAAUUUAGGUCCUCUGACUGUCCAUUUUAUUGUCACUGAUGAAACAAACAAAGCACAAUGGAGAAUAAUUUUCCUUGCAGCUGCAACGUCCUAUAUCGUCAGUUGCGGAAUUUUUCUUACAUACAUGAGAGCUGAUAUUCAGCCUUGGAAUAAUGUUAAUAACAUCGUCAAAGAGAAUGAGAAUGAUAAAAAUGAGAGGUAUAUCGUAAACAAAAUUGUGUGAUAC